AAUGGUGGCAUUAAAGAAAGUACGGUUGGAUAAUGAAAAAGAAGGUUUUCCUAUUACAGCUAUUAGGGAAAUAAAAAUUCUUCGACAACUAAAUCAUCCAAGUAUAAUCAACAUGAAAGAAAUAGUGACAGAUAAAGAAGAUGCUUUAGAUUUCAAGAAAGAUAAAGACCCAGAACUGUUGUUAAUUAAGAAUGGAAGUGAAAGCUUCCAAUUGCCUCCUCUUGGCCAUCUGGAAGGAGGAGGAUAGGACUGUGCAAACCUGAAGUUUGCUAUGGCUUGUUUCUUUUUCAUGCACGUGUUUACAACAAAGUUCCCUGAAGUUGGAAUACAGUCUUGAUUGUGCCUCCCAGAUCUGUUUAAUGGAAAUAGAAAAGAAAAUAAAAAGUGCAAAAUACAUGUAGUGGACUAUCUUAAGUGAG